UCCCGCCAACCAAACGGGUUUAAAAAAAUAGUAGAAUUUACUUUUGAGACACCCCUCGCAUCAGAGCUAUGAAAUUUGGUCUCUGUAGAUUAAUACCUACAGAACUUGCCCACUUCCAAAUUUUCGGGGCAACUGAAAAUUUCCACAUGCAUCGAAAAUUAAAUACUCAGUUCUUAGAUGAUGAAAUACUUGUAAAUCUUGAAAGUAUUGGUCUAAGUUCCAUUGAAGCUCAAAAUAUAGUGUCUCAAAAUGAUUACUCUAUGGUUUGGCUGGUGUUAGGAGACACCGAUAUUGCAGGAAUUUCAAACUGGACAGGGGAUAUUAUUUCAGUUCCUAUUAGGAUGAUUCAAUUUCUAAGAAAACUUGGAAUAAAUGAGGAUAUACUACAACUGGUUGUGCAAAAUGGAAUAGGUGACAAAACCCAAGAGAUGUUAAAAGAUCUAGAGUAUAAAGAAACUGAAGAAGUUGAACAUCCAGGAAUGAAAGAAGCCAUGAUGUGUCAACGUAGUUUAACCAUUUUGGAGCCGAAUGCAUUAAAAGACUUCAGUUGUACAUCAACCUGUGAUUCUACUUUGCAAAGUGUUUGUGUACAGUCAUUAAGUAAACUGAAAUUAACAAAUACAAAAUAUUCACAAGUAAAUGUGGGAUCUAUAUCGGAACAAUUAACUUGUAGCUGUUAUCCACAUCUACCUCAGGACAUGACAUUGCCAUCCCAACCGGUUGUCCAAAGAAAUGAUUAUUUAAGGCAAACAGUAAUGAUUCCCUUGGCUUGGGCAAUGGGUAGAGCACUGCGAUAUAAACCUUCUGAUCCAAAACACUACAUUGCUUGCCAGUUACUUCGAUGGAAAUAUGGUAACAUCCCUGAAUGUGAGAUGAAUGAAAUACGUAAGAUCAUUGUUGGUUCUACGUUCAAAAAGGAUCAAAAAUAUAGGGAAAAAAUAUGCGAACAAGAAAAAGAUCUCUUAGAUAAAUUGAAUGAGGAAGCAAUGAAAGAUAUUCCUUGCAAAAUAUGCAUAGAAAAUCAACAAUUGGUUCGGAAUAAAAAGCAUUGCUGGAAAUGUAUCAAGAAAUGGGGUACAAAAUAUGAACCUUAUGAACUCUCUGAGAGCAGUGGUUUCCAUGGACUUAGUUUGUUAGAUAUUUACGAAUCGGAUACAUCGACUUUCGAUGAUCGUGAAAUAAAUCAAAAGCACGUUUCAUUAAAGAAGAAGUCCAAGGUUCAGGAAAACAAGAGCGUGAAUGAUUCAAUGUACAGUUAUGAGAACAAUGAAGUCAUGGAAGAAUUGAGAAAACCUAGAUAUGCAGAAAAAAAUCAAGUUGAUAAAGAAAAACAUAGGGCUACGGACAACCCAUGUUGCCCUUUACCAUGUAAUAUACCUAACAUAAAGAAGUCACUGCUAAAAUUCACUUCUACAAUGAUACCAGUUCAACUUGAAGACUUGAAUUCUUCCAAACAUUCCUUUAAUGAAAACUCUGACCAUGACAAUAAUCAAUAAGAAG